AUGGAGUGGAAGAAAUGCCAGCGGGGGACCAAGGCUCCACUGGGGAUAGCCGUGUUCUUCUCGGUCUUGGUCACAGCCGUCGGCCUGCGGUGCUACCAGUGUGUGGGGAUGUUCCAUGAAUGCGUCCAGACGGAGCAGCAGUGUACGACCAAGGACCGCUCCUGCUUCUCAUCCACUAUCAAACUUUUUUAUUCAAGCAACAAUGACAGUGGAGUGUUGAUGCUGCCAGACCUGGAAUUAGCUGAAUAUGUGAUGAAAGGCUGUUCAGGGGAAGGCGUGGCCAACCGCACAAGCAAUGUGUACUCGGAAGACGAGCGGGAGGUACACAAAGCGUACUACUGUGACUUGGACUUUUGCAACACGCACUUCACAGAAACUCCUGUCAGCAACCCCCAGGCAGCCAACGGCAUGGAAUGUUACAGCUGCUACGAUCGUGGCACAGGGGAAUGCGCCCAAGAGAAUGCCACCCGGGUCCCGUGUGUGGGCGACAUGAACCAGUGCAUGGAUUUUUCAGUGAUCAACGGUGCCCAGAAAAUCACCUAUCGGACAUGCGCCCUGGAGACGUUGUGCCGCCGACAAUACGUGGUCCCAGAGCUGUCUGGCAGGGUGGAGAUCAGCUGCUGUUCCACCCCUUUGUGUAACGAUGGCCGGCCCGGCCUCAAGAGCAUCUGCAGCCACUUUUCAGAACAAGGGAUCAAGCGAAAAUAUGAGAAUGGGUUGGAAUGUGCCAGCUGCUGUGAUUCGGGAAAUGGUGAAUGUGCCUCAGGAAACUGGACUCACAUCAAGUGUAUUGGAAACCAGAACAAGUGUGUGAAUGUCACAGAUGGUGGUGAGACGCUGUUGCGCGGCUGCAGCUUGGAGGAACUCUGCUGGGAGAAGCCGCAGCUGCUGGGACUGAGCCGGAACGCCUCCAUCCGGUGCUGCUCCGGUUCUCUUUGCAAUGGCAGCGCAGUUCCAAUGGGAGGUGCCACCCUGAUCCACCUGCUACUGUCUGGUGCCUUGCUGACGGCACGUCUGCUCUGA